UUGCCCCGCGGAGCCCCGAAGCCGAGUUCCUGCCAGGUUCCCUGGGAUGUCGGUGGCUUUCGUUCCUGACUGGCUCCGGGGCAGUGCUGAGAUCAAUCAGGAGACGAUCCAGCGGCUCCUGGAGGAGAAUGAUCAGCUCAUCCGCUGCAUCGUGGAGUACCAGAACAAGGGCCGAGCCCACGAGUGCGUCCAGUACCAGCAUGUGUUACAUAGAAAUCUCAUUUAUCUAGCUACCAUUGCAGAUGCCAGUCCAGCCAGUACUUCAAAAGACGAAUAAUCUUCCAGAUGACUAUUGUGAAAAGAAACUGGAUAUAAUCCAUCUCCUACAAAAUGGACACAAGAUCAUUACCAAUUCAGCUACUCAGAAUGUGAAUGAAAUCACUGUUGUAAAAAUAUGGAGAAGGUUAUUAACUUAUGUUUUCAAUGUAAAUACUGAUUUUCAUAAUCAAGCAGAACU